AUGGGUUUGUGGAAUGAAGAGAUGGAGCAAGAAAGGAAUAUGCUUACCGAAAAAGUACCGCUUUUUUACCAUAACACAGUGCAACUUUGUAAAUCAUACCUUGGAAGCUAUACCAAUGCGACGCUUUUUGAAACGAACGAUAACUUCAAAGCAUUCGGACUGAUUAUCAAGGAGCUUGGCUGUUGCAAGGUAAAUGUUGUUGAGCACACUAACUGGGGAAGACAUGUAUUUAUUGGUACAAUAAUAACAGAUGCGCCGGCGGAAUCUGCCGAAGUCAGAGCACUGACGUGCAGUAGUGUUCUCAGCUGA